AUGAUCCUGCGUGUUGUUAUUCUGGCGCUUGUAUGCUUCAUAAUGGUCGUAUACCCAUCCGGCUCAACUGAUUCAAAAAAUGAAGGUAGGAUUAUUUGAGUAGGAGCUGUUGCUCCCAGGCAAAAAAGUCUCCUUUAGAACUCGAAUUUCGUAGAACUUAAAAAAAUAUGAUUUUGUAGGAUGGCUUUAGACAUCAUUGGCUUACUUCAUUUAAAUUCAUAGAGUUCAUUUUGCGAUUUUAAGAAUAAACAAACCCAGUGAAAAAUGCCUCUCGAGAAAUCAAUAAAAUUUGAAUUAUUUAUUUUAUUUAUUUAUUUAUUUAUUUAUUUACGAUGAGAGGAAAAGUACAUCGUGAGAAAAAAGUGAUAAAAUGAAUAGUAAUAUCUUCAAUCUGAUAAUCAAGCUCUAGAGUAAUUAAAAGUCAAAAGUUCAUCGUGAUUAUGACUGAAUUAUGAUAAUAUGUUCAUAAUACUGCAGUUUGAUAGAAAUAUCGAUUAUACAAAUACUAGAAGAGCUUCGCUGGCUAACGCCAUCUACAGUAGUUUGACUUACUUUUUUCUGAUUAAUUUUCCGGUUAGGGAAAGAGAAACAUUGAGAAAUGACUAAAAAUAUUCGACUAUGGGAGAAAUCAGAACGAUCAGAUAAGAAACGUGGCCUAAUAAUUUUUUCGAAUAAAAACGUGAUCUUUUUUACAUGAAAACAGUUUUGAUUUUUCACAAAAAUCGAGUAUUAGCGCCUCGAUGGGAAAGAAUUUAGGAUAGAAUAGUGAAGGUCCCAUCAAAAAUGGUCUUCUGGAAAUUGAGAAAAGUCGAGCGACACAUUUUAAAUCCGAAAAAUACAUUGAGAUUUUCAAACUUUUGAUUCUCCGCGCACCCACAGACAUUUUGAGAAAGAAUGAAUAGGAAGCGCAUCGAGCUGCCAACGUUCAGAAACUUUUUCUUUUUAUGAUCAUCAAUUUUUAUGCGCACAGUUUUGAGAACGGGUCCCGGACAUACUAUUGCCAAAAAAAUUUUCCCAAUUAGUAUAUAUUAUACAAAUAUUAUUACCGAUGAUACUUGAUUUUUGUCUAUUUGUGGCAGGGCUGGUGGGAGUUGACCUUUCGGAAUUUCGGAAGUCCCAUUUUCACUUCCGAUUUUAUUCUCGGAAUUUCGGCAUUCUGAUUUUUUUUCCAAAUAAUUUUUCGAUAGUUCGGAAUUCCGAUUUUUUUCUUCCGACUUUUUUAUUCGGAAUUUCGGAAGUUCUAAUACACAGGAAAAAAGUGAAAAACGACAUUUUUCGAUGAGUUAUCAGAACAAUAAUAGUAAAAAUAGUUGGGAAAAAGUGAAUCUUGUUCGUUAGUUUAUCAAAGACAACAAAUUGUUGACUAUUAUCGAUUAUUAAGAAAUUUUUCACCGUCAUUUCAGUCUUAAAAUAAAGUUUUUUUUAUAAAAUAAUCUAUUCCGAUAUUCCGAGAUUUUUCGAAAGUGAUUCCGACAAAAAAAAGUCGGAAUGAAAAAAAGUGGGAACGAGAGCCGAAAUUAGAGCAAUUCCGAGUUUUUCUUUCGGAAGUGCUUCCGACCAAACUACACGAAAAAACGUCGACAUUCGGAAUUUCGGAAUUCCGAUAUUCCGAUUCCGACCAACCCUGCCAUACACAUUGGGUGAUAAUCCAUCGCCUACCCACAUUAUGGCUAUAUUCCUGCAAUUUUUUUUAUUAUUUCAGAUGAACUCAUCAAUGCCAUUAUUAAAAGUUUAUUGGACGCGAGUACAGAAACUGUGGAUGUGUUAUCGGAUUUGAAUGCAUUAGGACCGAAAUCAACUAUAUUGCUGAAAGCGAUUGUACCCAUUGCAGGAUUGGUUUUGAAUAAAUUAGUUCCGGAGGUAUAGUAUAAUUUUGAAAAAUUCUUGAAAAAAAAUGGGGAGGGGGGGGGGGGGUUUGAAAAAGAGUUUCGAAAAAUUAUCUUUAAAAAAUAGUUGCGAUUUGCUCUUUUUGAAUAAAACUAAAAGAAUCAUCUCGAAUUUCACUAUGUGUACGUCCAGGUUUGUAAUGACCGAAUAAAUUCUAAUGGGGUUAUGCAGAAGAAUGAAAUGUUGACAAAAAAUACAAAAUAUUAUCUGUGAACAUAUUCAGUUUUUGCCCAAAAGAUAUGAUUCCAAAUCUAGAAAUUUCCAAAAAUUCACGUCAUUCUGAUUGACCAUAUUUCACAGCGAAAAAAAAUUUUUUGCUGUGAUUUCAUAAUUUUAGGUUCAGCCAUUCCUAUGUUAUUUUGUCCGGUGGGUUUUGCAGUCUUACAAGGAGUGUCUUUUAAUUUUAAGUUUAUUUAUUUAUUUAUUCAUAUAUCACAUAUAAUAAUACAAUUUAAGGCACCGACAAAAAAGAAAAAAAUAAUAAAAGUCAGAGAUCAGAGUGUGCGAGAGAACAAAAUGAAGAGAAAGGUGAUGUUGAAUAGUAAGAUGGACAUUUGUACCGGAAAGAGUACUUUUGUCCAAAUGUUAACUGUGAGAUUUUAAGGUUUUAAGAAGUGUUCGGGUGGGAGAGAUUUAAGAUGGCGAGUUAAGGUGAGAGGAAGGCGAAAAUUUGUUAGUGUUUUAGAGGUUUUAUUCCAGAGUGAAAGAUUUUUAUGAAAAAAAGAGUUAUUUUUGGUGCUCGGAUUUUUUAGAUGUAUUUGAAAGUAUGAAAAUUUUAUGUGAAUAAUUACAGAGCAGUAAUGCAAUGUAAAUAUGUGAGUAUAUAUAACUUUUUUUAUAGCCAACGUCAGACGAAUAUAAAAUGCUCAUCAAAUUGAAAUUACGCACAAAAGAGAUAUGGAAAGAUAUCAAUAGCAAAAUUAAUAUAGCAAACGUUGCUUUCGCUGAUUCAUUUGUGUUUAACAAUUACAAAUUAGUAAGCCCGAUCCUGUCAAGUUUUCGAUCAAUUGAAAUCUCCAAUUUCAGAGAGUAGUCGAUCAAAUUAAUGACAUGAAAGUGCUUAACAAGCAAUACCUCGAUCCAGAAUGGUAUAAAGACGAAUUAUUUAUACAAAAUUUUCGAACAUAUUGCACAACAGGUCAAACGUAAGAUUUUUUGUUGGCGAGGGAAGUGUGUGAAGGGUCCCCGGAAAUUUCGAAAAAACAUUGACACACUCUUAUACAGCUUGACAAGCUGAUCAAAACCUUGGGCUCACCUUUUACUGAACCCGCCUGUGAGCUUCAACAAGAGCUCGAGAAGUUGAGCAUCAGGCCUGAUCGGAAACGGAUACUCGGAAUCAGGCCUGUGCCGGAAAUUUUCCGAAUUUUCCGAAUUUCCGGAUUUUCCGGUUUUUUCAAGGAAAAAUCAUUUUUCCAGUUUUCCGGAAAAUGUGUUCGGGAAAUCCGGAAAAUGAAUUUUAGUAGUGAUAUCUUCAAUAUUGCCUAAAUUUUGGGAAAAUUUCUCAGUUUAUGAUGAAAAAAAAAUGAAAUUUUUGGAAUUUUUCAAUAUUUACUAUUUUUUGAACGUAAAACGUCUCAAAUAGUUACUAAAUUACCUACGAAUAGAAGAAUUGUAGUUAAAACAAGUUUUAAUUCCAAAUUAAGGCUGAAAAUCAGAAUUUAAGACCUUGAAAAAUUUUCCGAAUUUUCCGGAUUUUCCGGUUCAAAAAAUCCGGAAAUUUUCCGACUUUCCGUUUUCCGGGUUUUGAUUUUCCGGCACAGGCCUGCUCGGAAUUCUGGCAUUCCGAAACGGAUAUGUUUUCGGAGUGUCCGAACAGCGAAAAAAAAAUUUGUUUUCAAAUGAUCAUAUUUUGGAACUGCCAAUCAAUAACUGAAUGCUGCUCAUUUUGAAUCAACUUUGAACCAAUUUAUGGGGUUUUUUGUUCUGAAAAUGGUUCUUUAGUUUAUCGAAAUAGGUGGUGUCAUGGAUUUUCAUUAAUUUCCACCUUAACCUGUAAUUUGGUGAUAAUUUCGAACAAUAACUCUCAAUUAGCUUGGCUGAAUGAAAACAAGACGUUUGAAAAACUCUGUUUUUUCCUUCAGAAAUUUGAAUAGAGACUCAACGGAAAUUCUGAAAUAAUAUGUCAAAAAGGGUUUUUUUUUUCUGAACUUCUUGAGCUUUUUUGGAGGUCAUAUGUAGGUGAAUUUAGCAAAAAAUAAAUACAACAACAGAAAAAGGUUUCGAUAAACAUUCCAAACCACACACUUCCCUCGUGGGUCAUUACUUAAUUCGGUUAAUGAAAUAUACUUUUCAGUGCUCCAAUAAUAAUACUGGCGGUAUGAGUUUUACGAAUUUUGAUGCUAAUUAUAAUCUUUUCAAAAAUCAGAGUCACCCCCAAGAAAAAUUAAAGGAGGGGGGGGGGGGGGAAACUUAAAAAGGUCCAAAAAAAAUAUUCCAUGAAAUUUCUUCAACGUGGUACCUAGCUCUUGGAACAUUUUUCUGGGCCUUUUUCAGAGAACAUCGCUUGGAGGUUUUACUAUUUUUGGUGAGCCUUUAACUUUGCCACAAUUUUUUUUGUAGUCUUACCCUUUUGUUUUGACUCUGAUUUCUCAACGGACAAUAUUAUCUAAAAGUUAUUGUUCAGUAUUUGCUGGAAAAUUUGAAGACUUUAUGUGGAAAUGCUAUUAUGCCAGAAGAAGCCGAAGAAAUUGCACAAUAUCGAGCGCAUUUGAUUCAAGUAUUUCGUCGAUUUCGAGUCCGGCGUAGACCAUUACCAAACCCAGGUCCAUUUUUGUCAGGUAAGCAAACAAUCUGUUUCAAAAGGGGUUUCCUUUUUAGAUAAUUUUUUCAUAAAAAUAGAAUCUGUUAGUUUUGGCGGCUCUGGUCUUCUUUUGUUGAGGGAGGAUAGGAAAAAAUUAUUUUUCUUUGUGCUUUGUUGAAAAUAAUCAGUUCAACUCAGGAGAUUUUUCGCAAUUUUGCUGACCAGAAUGCGCGAUUCUGCUUGCUAAAACAUGCGGAUCGGACACUAGUUUGCCGCGGAAUCGCGUAACUUUCCCGGAUUAAUAUAUUUCAGAGAUGAUAUAUAUCCACAAACACUCGCAAUUAGAUGCUUUGAAAGAAGAAUUUGAAUUACCCGUGUUCAAUAGAACUUUUCCAAACUACCACAACGCUAUUGAGGCCUAUUUCGAUGAAGUCCGAGCUCGUGAAUCAAUUCCAAAACUGAAAAAAGUGCUGAAACGUAAGCAGUUUUGAUUUCAAAACGGUUUUUUGACAUUUAUUUAAAGGGUUUGUACGCGAGCUUCAAAGUAAUCUUAUUGAUUUGGCAAGUAGAUUUACAUUUGUCAUUGAUUUUGUUUUGAAUUUCAGACUUUCAUCGCUGGAACAUGUGCGAAUGCAAGUUAUGAUGGUAACCCUGAAUUCAUGCAGAGAUACACGAAACGAAUUAAUGAAGAUGUGGAAAGUGUUGCGUCAUUCACCUCAAAAUGGCUGAACAUUUCGUUGGUGAGUCGGGUCUAAAUCAGGCCUGAUCGGAAUCGGAAAAAUUGAGAAACCGACAAGUUUUUCGGAAUGACACAAACGUUUCUCGGAAUCGGGAUCAUUCAGAUGUUACUUCCGAAACCUUUUGGAAUUUCGGAAUGUAUUUUUUCUUCCGAAUUUCGGAAUUUUUCGGAAUAUUUGAGCUUAAAUCAGUAAAAAAUUUAACAAGAAAUGAAAAAUUGAUAAAUUUUAUAUGUCAUUUCUCUUGUGAUUCUCGAAAAAUGAAACUUUUGUGAAUAUUAUGAAAAAAAUAAUAUUCAUUUAUUAUUGAAUAUUAUGAAAAAAUGUCCAUUUUCAUUGUUUUUCCCCAAAUGAAAGACAAGUUUUUCAAAUUUUUACUCAUUCCGAAACAUUCCGAAAAAUUCCGAAAUUCCGAGGACAAAACGUCGGAAUGAAAAGUCGGAAUUCCGAACUCCGAUCCCGAAGCUCGGAAGAUGUGAUAUCCUUCCGAACCUUCCGAUAAGGGCCAUUCCGAUCAGGCCUGGAAUGCGGUACUAUUUUUUGUAGGACGCAGCAUGGCCAUCGGCACACAACACUGUUUUAAAAGAAGCAAUUGAGGAAAACGUCAAAGAACAUGAACAGGUGGAUUAUGUAACUUUGAAAACCAUUCUCCAAGCUGCUAAUCCAAUUCUAACGAAAACAGGAUUACCAGGGUCAGUAUUUGUUUUAUAUUGAUUAAUGGUGUGCCAUAAAUACCUGGACAGCUGUAAUUUAACUCUCAACUGAAAACAGUUUUUUGUAUAUGGUUUUGAAAAUAUUUAAUUAGGCCCUAACAAGUACAUUAGAGGGGUUGUCUUUCCACAAGGCAAGAUAUGCUAAAUCGCUUGAGAUGUGUGCUUCUUGAACGUUCCGUGUUCAGAAAAAUUCUUGGUUUGCGAAUACGGAUCUUUUGGUUCAAAAACACAAGCCGCUAAAACCUUAAAACUAGGAAAGAAAGUGCGCUAUACCGCACACAUUAUUUAUUUGUGUGUACAUCUCUCGGAGUUUACACCCAAACAUUUAUUAAGUCAUUUGGGGUGUUCCAAGUCAAGUUGAUGCUGGUUUAUAGUUUGUCGAAACGCCUUUUUGCAGACGAUUUUUUUUCGGAAGUCCCAUUUUCACUUCCGAUUUUAUUCUCAGAAUUUCGGCAUUCCGAGUUUUUUUCCGAAUAAUUUUUCGAUAGUUCGGAAUUCCGAUAUUCCGAUUUCGACCAGCCCUGGACUCCAGGAUUGAAUUUAUUUCACCUUUACUGCCUAUUCGGUCCUCAAAAUCGAGGGAAAUCGAUAAUUUCUCUCGAUCGACUGUUAAACCUGUUUAAAAAAAUCUCCACCCGAAAUUGGUGUGAGACAUGGUGGACCUCUUUUCCUUUGACUUCUUGAGGCUUUAAGACAACCCCUCAAACAUUCUACAACUCGAAUAAAGGCUUCACAAUAAAACUAAUUCCACUCAAAAAUAGCGAAACCACUUUCGCGUGCCGUGGUGAAGUUUUUCUACAGAAUUUUUCAACUAGCAGAAUCAAUCAAAUUAAGAGAGAUUUCAAUUUACUCGUUAGGUAACUAAUUUUAAUUUAAAGUAUUUUUAAACCAUAUACAAAAAAACUGUUCAAUUUUUGAAAAAAAAAUAAAUUGGAUUAAAGCUCUCUGGUUAUUUAUGACGCGCCUUUUACAUAUGAUAAUACAUAUGAAGUAGAUUGUUUCAGUUUCAUUUAUCAAUUUACAAUAAUUCCAACUAAAGGCGAAAACAGUGAUUUGUUUAUGAAUGGCACAGAGAAAUAUUGUUCUCAUCAGAAACAAAUAGAUGGAUUUGACACGCUUAUUUCACGUAUACGCAAAAGGAAAAACUACAUCGAAGGUAAUAAGUUUUGAAUUUUUCAUAUAUAUUAUUUGGCCAAAAAGUUACCCAAAAUUCGUUUUUUAUGUAAACUUAUGGGGCUAUUCAGAAUAGUUUCUCAACCAAAAAAAGGAGAAAAAACUCUAUUUAGAUUCUGGGGAAAAAAAGAGGAGAAGCUCAAUUCCUCAGCCUACUUUAAAUUCAACGUUUUCAGAACAAAAAAUAAUAAGUUUAUUGUAUAUAAAACUUUUAGGAACUGUGCAAUUUAUCUGAAUAUUAAGUUAAAAAAAAAUCUGAAUAGAGUUUCUCCUACUUUUUUGGUUGAGAAACUAAUCUGAAUAGCCCCAUUACUAAAUUUGACAAAUUUAGACCCGAACGUUCCUAGGUACUGUUUUUUCGCUGAAUCAGAUUAUAUCUUUCCAUGGAUAAAAAAUACUUUCUUAACCUAAUAAGAUUUAUUAAUAGGAUGAUCAAGUUUCACCUUUUCAGAAUUUUCAAAUAUUCACUAUUCCUGGUUGAUUUUUUGUUGAAAAUACAAAGAAUUGGACUAACAACAAGAAUUUUCAACAGUGACAAAACAUAAUAAUCUUUCAUUUUCGACUCUAACAUUCGAUGUUCUGAAAAAAUCGGAACUUGAUCAUCCUAGUAAGAUCCAGAAAACAUUUUUCAUUCAUGGAUUUGUUAGAUCAGAUAAGAUUCAGCAUGAAAAUGAUACCUAGGAAGUUUUGAGUCAAAAUUCGACAAUUUUGUGUAAAAACAUGAAAAGCUAUUGUCCGUUUGGAAAUGAGAGUCACCCCGCGAAAAAAUAAAUUUGAAUUUGGGAAAAUCUCUAAUUUCCCCCUACCCCGCGAUGCGUGUGCGUUGCGGUCGCUUUCCCAUACAAAACCCUCGUUGGCUGUUUGCCAGCGCGCUCUCUCACUGUCUGCGUCUCCUGCAGCAAAUUCAAAUUUAUUUUUUCGCGGGGUGACCCUCAUUUCCAAAUGGACAAUAGCUUUGCAUUUUUUUGCAUACCGUUCUGGCCAGUACUGUAUGAGUAGCCGAAAAACACACAUCUUCUUUCAGAUCAAGUCAUCAAAAGAAUGCUUGACUUAAAUGAAGAAAUCGGACCCAUGACAGAAACAAUCACAACCCAAAUGAGGUACGUUUUCUGUUUGAAAUUGUUAAAGUGAAAAUUACAAAUACAAAAAUAGACAUAAAAAAUUUUUUUCAAUUAAAUAAUCAAAUUCAGUGAACAUUCAAAAAACACCCAUUUUUGAGCCCCAUUCGGUGUUAUCAUUUUAAAUUUACACCCCAUUUUUCGAAAAUACACGGAAAUCAGUGCAUCCCAUCCAGUAUUUGCUCUUUUGAAAAAAUGUUUAUAAAAAACCAAUUUUGCCUAUUUUUCUGGCUAGUACUGUACGUGAUAAUGAACACAUUGAAACUUCAGCUCACUCUAUGAUGAAGACAAAUUGGAAGAUAUUGCGAAAACAUUAAAUGAAAAUAUGAAACGAGAAAUUGUCAGUGAGAAUAACUUUCACUGUUGGGCAAUCGUGCGGAAAUGGAAAUAUUUUUGCCCCUCAAUAAGCUUCCCACUUUAUUCGUAUUCUUUCGGAAACUUGACCAGUAUCACUGCAAUCGAAUAUCAAAACAGAGGAUGGUUUUAUCAAAAGUGCGAGGUAUUUAUGUUUAUUUUCUUUGCUUAAAUAUCAUUGUCCUCUUCAAAGUUCUUAUUGCAUUGAUUAUCAUCAUUUUUUUCUAUUGUUUAAAAAAAAAGAUAAAAAUAAAAUUUUCAAGCAUUUGUAUUUCAUUAUUGUGGGGUUUCAACCAAAAUUUCUUGUUGCGGGUUAUGAAAAAGUCCAAAGGGAUUUUGUCUACAAAAAUGUCUAACAAAAGUUCCUGGGAGGCAAAAUUUUUUUCCCCAGCUAUUGAACAUAUUCGCGGAGUAAAAUAACUAAAACAUUUCUUUGGUGGAUGGUGCACACUCAGUAUCAGAGAAAACGGUGCAGGAGUUUCGCAAUUUGCGAGAGUACCAGGACUGCUGAACUGCUGCUGAUUUUUUGCCACUCAUUCAGCAGGCUUGCGGAGAUCCAUUAUGUGCACCUUAUGGAUCCAUCACCUCAGGGGGCUUGAUUGAUCUAUAAUGGAUCCAUUAUGGAUCCUUAUGUUAUUGCCUGUGGUAUCACCUUGGAAAUAGUCAAAAACAUGUUUUCAAGAAAAUCUGAUGAUAAAAUUUCAGUAAAUAUCGCCAAAAUGACCUAAACCCAAUUUUCUAGAUGGUCUUACUGAAGACAUCAGUAUCGAUCUUGGGAUUCAUGAAAUUUGAAGGUUAA